CUCCAUGGAUGGCUGCCUGGCGCUGAUGUGGCUAGUAUGUGGCCAUGCUCUCAUGUCCAGGGUGACCAGCGAGCCUUGGCACACGUUCAGACUGGGCACACGGUUUAGGUAUCCCGCCACGUAUCUCCCUCCAGCACCUCCUCCUGCGUCGCCGCCGCCACGAGAAAGUAGAAACAAGAUCGGCUGGCGACCCGCAACGCUGAAACUACCAUCACUUGUCGCCUUUGCGGUGUUGAUACUGGUGCUGAUAGGCGUGACUACGUACUUGCUGUACCUAUCAGAUGGAGAUGGUGCCGUAGUCUUUACCUCUUCAUCGACAACUUGGGUUGCCUUCUGCUGCGACUAUGGACCCACGCUGGUCGCCGUGCUCUACGGCCUCAUCUGGGCGACCAUCGAUCAUGACGUCAAGCGCCUCGAACCGUACUUUCAGCUGUCGAAGCCGGCGGGCGCCACCGCCGAGAACUCGCUGCUGCUGUUUUAUCCGUACAUGCUGCACGUGUGGGUGCCGUACGUGGCUAUACGCAAGAAGCACUGGACAGUAACAAUUUCCGCCAGCACCUUCCUGACGAUCGUCUUCGGCGGGACCCCCCUCAUGAGCGCCGUUCUCUCGCACGAGAGCCGUAUCCACCAGACCAGCACAUUCGACCUCGUCCGCGGCACGUUUCUGGCCGCAGACGCGCAGCCCACAAACCUCACCACCAUCCACCAGUACCUCUCCGGGAAGUUGCCGGAGUUUACGACGCCGGAACACGCGGUGCUGCCGUUCGCGCCGGAGGCGAAGGCCGACAUGCCCGGCACUAACUGGGCCGCCAAUAUUGUACCACCCGCUACGAGGCAUAUCUCGACUUCGGGCGACUGUUCGGUUGACAACUCGCAGGUGUGGCGGGAGUCCGCCAAGUAUUCGCCGUGGUACUCAUCGCUGCUCAAUGCUACUUGAGUGUGUGUCUUGAGAUUUUUGGCGCAUAGCAUAGCGGUGCAUAACUGAUCCAGAAACAUAGCCUUCGGGAGUACAUACCUGGUACUUAUACUGAUAGCCAUCUCACUGUUCAUGAAGCACACCUCCGGUAAAACGUAAUCCCAAGGAUAUGCCCAAGGACUGCAUGCUCGAGGGUGACGGCUCAAACUGAGAGUAUGCCGUUGUCGUUGCCGGUUGGUGAUAUGUUUGGUCAACCAUGACCACUCGAUGAUGUUGGGGAAACA